UCUCGCACCUGGGGUCCGCCGAGCAGCGCUCGAGGCUUUGGGUUUCUCUUUCUGUUCCACAUGUGAUUUGGACAUUUAGACCGUCUCCGCCCCCUGUCAUACCUCCAAGCCCGCUUGACUUAACCUACAGCGUGAUCCCUGCUGAGUCUCAUUAACCAGCUCAUUGCUUGCAAACUCUAUCCGGCUUUCAAAUUCCCUCAACCCAUCCUACUCGUCGCAUCUGUAAAACCAUCCCAUUGAUCAUCAGAUAUGGAAAACACGUCGCCCGCGUCCAAUCGGUGCAGUUACGAGGACUAUGAGGUUACGGCCGACUGGUUGCGAUCAAAGACGGCGCAGCGUCCUAAAGUGGCCAUCAUCUGUGGCUCUGGGCUGGGCGGACUGGCAGAGCUGCUGCACAACAAGGUCGUCUUCCCCUACAAAGACAUCCCACUCUUCCCCCAAACCACCGUGAUGGGCCAUCAGGGUCAACUGGUGUUUGGGACCCUUGAGGGCCAACAGUGUGUCUGCAUGCAGGGGCGCUUCCACACCUACGAAGGCUAUGACCUAAAACAGGUGACGUACCCCGUGCGUGUGUUCUCGCUGCUCGGCGUGAAGACGCUGAUACUGACCAACGCGUCCGGGGGCCUCAACAGCAGCUACAAGGUGGGCGACAUCAUGCUGAUCAAGGACCAAAUCAACCUGCCGGGCCUGGUGGGGAACAACCCUCUGUGUGGCCCCAACGAAGACAGGUUUGGUGAGCGCUUCCUCUGCAUGUCUGACGCUUACGACCCUGACCUGAUGGCCUUGGCCCAGCAGACGGCCGAGGAGCAGGGCAUCGAGGAGUUCAUGCAGAAGGGGGUCUACUGCAUGGUGAGCGGCCCCACCUACGAGAGUGUCACAGAGGGGAGGGCUCUGCGGACCCUGGGAGCUGACACAGUGGGAAUGAGCACAGCGCUGGAGGUGGUGGUGGCCCGCCACUGUGGCCUGCGUGUCCUGGGCUUCUCGCUCAUCACCAACAUGGUGGUGACUGAGUACGACAGCGAGCAGAGGGCCAACCACGCGGAGGUGCUGGAGACCACUCGCAGGCGCACCCAGGUCCUCGAAGGGCUUGUGACAAAAAUUGUAGCCAAGAUCCGGUAGGAUCUUGAAGAAGUGACCCCCUGAUAGACUGGUUGCACAGUCCGCAUGCAGAAAUGUAUAAAGCUGCAGCUGAUGUUGUGUGAGUUUUAAAUUUGCUGCGCUCUGCAGCACA